GCAAUGUAUUCGUUAUCUGAUUGGUCAGUAUACACAUUCUGCGUAUGUAAUGCACCAAUGAGUGCUUGCUACGACAUGAAAUGGUCUUGUUCAACGUGCUGUUGCAUAUAAAUCCUCGUGUUUGCCUAUUGUUGUUCUAAAAUCGUCGACUGCAUGUAAGCUUUUCGAAGUGUUCUCAACGCAACAAUGAAACUCCACGUAGUUGUAUUCCUGUUUGCCGUCAUUGGCGCUGCUGUGACUGAAGAUGUUGACAGGGAAGACGAGAAAACCGGAACGAAUAAACCUGUCGAGAGAGAGCUACAUCACCUGUCGCAUAAAAGCAAAUCGGAACUGGAAAAUCGCAGAAAAGAACAUUUGAAAGCCCAUCCCGAUGUCGAAGGCAGUCCCAAGAUUGUAGUGGAAGGACGUAAAUUGCCGAGACAUAAAGAGGAGAAGAUGAUGGAAAUUAGAAAUUCCGAGCUCUCUCCUGAAGAGAAAGCUCUAAAAUUGGAAAACGUGAAGCAAUACUUCAGAAGCCAAAUGAAAUCUCUAGUGAAGGAGGCAAAUAGCCACGCCAAGCUUGCUGCCGAGCGUCGACGUACGUUGGAACAGAGGAAAGAAGAACGUAAACAUGCAGUAUCUGCACGUAAACCAGAGAAGCAAAACAAUCGAAGACAUCCCAAGUUUAGAGACUGGAAAGUGGAAAAUUAAUGAGAAUUAUUCUUGAAAUGUUAUGUUUAUUAGUAGAAUAUUAUCGAAUAAAUUAUUUACAGUGAAUUUGAAAG